CAGGAGCAGAACUAAAAGCCUUACAGGACAGCAAUGGCUUUGUCUCUAGGAUUUGAAUAUGGAGGCCACAGGGACAGAUGAAGUGGAAAAGAUAAAAUCCAAGUUCAUGUCUGCAUGGCACAACAUGAAAUACAGUUGGGUAUUGAAAACCAAAACUUACUUCAGCAGAAACUCUCCAGUCUUCCUGCUGGGAAAAUGUUACCACUUCAAAACUGAGGACUCUGGUGAACUCUCUCCAGAUGGGUCCAAUUUUGAUAAAAUCAGUGCAGAGAUUUCAGGAAAUGUUGAGGAGUUCCGUAAAGAUUUUAUCUCUAGGAUAUGGCUGACGUACAGGGAGGAAUUCCCCCAGAUCAAGGGCUCUGCAUUAACCACAGACUGUGGCUGGGGCUGCACACUGAGAACUGGGCAGAUGCUGCUGGCUCAGGGGCUGAUGCUUCAUUUUCUUGGCCGAGCCUGGGUCUGGCCAGAGGCAUUGGACAUGGACGGCUCCGACUCGGAGUCGUGGACGUCCCACACGGUGAGGAAGCUCACAGCAUCCUUCGAGGCAUCGCUCACCGCAGAGAGGGACCCCAAGAUCCUCUCACAUCCACGGAGAGCCACACCGAGGAGAAACUGUGAUGUCAGUGAGAUGAGGAAUGAGGUCUACCACAGAAAAAUCAUCUCCUGGUUUGGGGACUCUCCACUGGCAGCUUUUGGCUUACAUCAGCUCAUAGAGCACGGAAAGAAGUCUGGGAAGAUGGCAGGGGAUUGGUAUGGGCCUGCCGUUGUCGCACACAUUUUGAGAAAAGCUGUGGAAGAAGCAAGAGACCCUGAGCUGCAAGGAGUAACAGUCUAUGUUGCUCAGGACUGCACAGUCUACAGCUCAGAUGUUAUUGACAGACAGUGUUCCUUCAUGGAUUCUGGAAAAGCAGACACAAAAGCUGUAAUUAUAUUAGUUCCUGUGAGACUUGGUGGAGAGAGAACAAACACCGACUACUUGGAGUUUGUAAAGGGAAUUUUAAGCCUGGAGUAUUGUGUUGGAAUUAUUGGUGGCAAACCCAAGCAGUCAUAUUACUUUGCUGGAUUCCAAGAUGACAGUUUGAUUUACAUGGAUCCUCAUUACUGCCAAUCUUUUGUAGAUGUCAGCAUAAAGGAUUUCCCUCUUGAGUCAUUCCACUGUCCUUCUCCCAAAAAGAUGUCCUUCAAAAAGAUGGAUCCAAGCUGCACAAUAGGAUUUUACUGCAGGACUGUGCAGGACUUUGAGAAAGCUUCUGAAGAGAUCACCAAGAUGCUGCAAUCGUCAUCCAAGGAGAAAUAUCCCUUGUUUACUUUUGUCAAGGGUCAUUCUAGAGACUAUGACUUUGCUUCCACUCCACUCCACGAAGAAAAUGACCUUUUCUCUGAGGAUGAAAAGAAGAGAUUAAAAAGAUUUAGUACAGAGGAGUUUGUCUUGCUUUAAGGACAUUUUACACGAGAUUAUCGGCAGCUGUCCAGGAGAACAUUUGCCUUUUAAACCAUAAACCAUGUACCUGUCCUCCCCCCCCCCCACCCCCCCCGAAAAGGCUUGUGCUGAAAUUGGUCUAUUUUCAUAAAGAUGA